UAUAUUUUUUCAGGAUUCUUUGAUAAAUAGAAGCAGCAUUUGUUUGAUACACAAAUCUUUGGAAGUGUAAUUGUCUUUUACCUUUCUUUUUUGAUCAAUGCAAUGCAUCCUUGCUGAAUAAAAACAUUAUUUUAUGAUUAUUUUUAUUAUUAUUAUUAUUAUUAAUUAUACUGAUCCCAGAACUGUAGUUCACUUGAACUGUAGUGUAUAUCAAAGCAGGUGCAUAAAAUCAAGCAUGCUAAAACAUUUAAUGUAGAAUGAGGCCCUCUUCUGUUCUAGCAUGAUAAUGCCUCUGUGCACACAGAGAGGUCCAAAUGUUUGGGUAUCCACAUUCUUUGCGCAGUUAUAGUGUUGUUUCUGCAAUGGCUUUUAAUGGUAAAGCUAAAACAAAUAACCCCAAACUGCAGCAACAAAUUUCAGCUGACUUCAUCUGAUAAAUGUAAGUUUGCAGAAUCAGUUGGAUCUGCUAAAAGUGAAGGUGGUAGAGGCUCAGAAAGAGCUCCGCAGACUGAAGACAUACAAAGAUAUGGAGUUCCCAGUCAAGGGUUUGCAGAUUGCAGACAUGGAAAGAAAGCUGGACAGACUGAAAGAGAUGGAGCAGGUAAAAUAUGACCAGGACUGGAUGACUGAGUAAAAAGUAAUCAAAGUUAUAUCCAGGUAAAUCCUUUAUUUAUUAAAAAAACACAUGUGGUUCCAGCUCCCAUAAGAACUCAUCAGUGUGCAAUAACAUUGUAGUGUAUUUGCCCCUUUUAUAACUGACAGAAAGAGCAAAAAGAAUUGAAUCUGUUUUUUAAAAGAAAUGGUCAAUUUGGAGAGACGUCAAUGCGAAAAAGAACAAGUGCUGUCUGCUGUUGUUGAGAAACAUGCUUCCCACUUCCCUUCCAUUGUCAAACUGAUGGCCUCACAGAACGAUACAAUGAGGGAAGAGAUUCAUAAACAGAAAAGGUUGGUAAUGGAGAUGGAGCGAAAGAAUGAAGAGCUAAGGAAGUGUAUUCGAGAACUGCAACUAUCAAGACCGAAAAACCUCAGGAGAGAGAUCUUUCCAGAUGUUUUUCUGAAAUCAGACAAGUGCACUCCAGAUAUGGACGUCCAUCUCAAUGUACCCCAAGUGGAUUUGCUCCCUGUGUAGCCUUGUGCUGAAGGCAUUACCUUUUUGAGUCUUCCCUUGAGCUGCUAUAUAUUACUGAUGAAAAUGAAUGAAGCCCCUUCAGUAAAUCAUUUUAGUCAGUCAAACAAUUGUACAAAUCUUCUUUUCUUUAUUUGGCUUUGCUUUCAGUUUGUUUUAUAGGCUUUAUCAUCUCCUUUUUUCUAAAAACACAAUAUAUUGCACUCUAGUGCAAAUGGCAUGAUUUACUGAUGUGCUUUAAGACAUGCAACUGCAUACAUGUAUUUUUGUAUUUUCACAAACUAAGCUGCAAAUGUUAAAUGAACACUUUUAUUUGGUAAGUACUAACAAAAUACCUCUUUAAAAGCCAGACUUUUUAUAUUAGCAUACCUACAAUAGUCUCAUUGUAAAUAUACUAACAUUCAGACAUUUUUGAAAGAAGCCUCUUGUGUUCAUCAAGGCCAUUUAUUUGAUCUAAAAUACAGUAAAAAUAUUUAUAUUGU